GUAAAGCCAAUCAAUGUCCUACUAGACGGACAUAUGGUUGCAUAUUUGAGUGAUUUUGGCAUUGCAAAGCUCUUAGGUGAAGAAAACUCCAUGACACAAACAAAGACCCUUGCCACCAUUGGUUAUAUGGCACCAGAAUACGGGAGAGAAGGAAAGGUAUCUAGACAAGGAGAUGUGUACAGCUAUGGUGUCAUGCUAAUGGAAACAUUUACCAAGAAGAAGCCAACAAAUGAAAUGUUUACAGAAGAAAUGAGCUUAAGGAGGUGGGUUAGUGAAUCAUUAUGCAGCACAGUGAUGCAAGUCGUGGACACAGAUUUGCUUAGAAGGGAUGAUGAACAUUUCUCAAGCAAGGAAGAAUGUGUGUCGUCUGUCUUAAGCUUGGCUUUGGAGUGUACAAGAGAAUCACCUCUGAACAGGAUUACCAUGAAAGAAGUAGUGACAAGACUCAUCAAAAUCAAAGCCCAACUUGCAUAAAUCAAAACAAGAAAA